UGGCCUCUUGUCUUCGGAAUUGCGACUUACUUAGAACGAUGGAAGAGAGUUGUGAGCUGCGAUAACAUCAUUGAAUAAUCGCCCACACACACUUAUCCUUCCUUUCCGAUUUCGACGCUGAAACAAACUAUCGAAGCCACUAAAAAAUUAUUCUCAGAUCGCUUCGAUGGUCGAUCACUACAACAAGUUGGUUAAACUAGCUGCGAGGGCUUUUUAUGAUGAUCUAACGAGUAAAGGAGAGAAUCAACCUAAAUCGGGAAGGAGUGAUAACAGAGGAAUCGCUGUAGUGAUUCUCGAUGCCCUCACAAGGCGACAAUGGGUCAGAGAAGAAGAUUUGGCAAAAGAUCUCAAAUUACACACAAAACAACUUCGCCGAACUCUGCGGUUUUUUGAAGAGGAGAAGAUCAUUACUAGAGAAUAUAGAAGAGAGACAGCAAAAGGAGCCAAAUUGUAUAGUGCUGCUACAGCUGCUACAGUUGAUGCUCAACUGACUGGAAAAGAGGGAGAAGAGAAGGUCAAGUUACACACACACUCUUACUGUUGUCUAGAUUAUGCACAGAUAUAUGAUGUGGUUAGGUACAGAAUCCAUCGCAUGAAGAAGCUGUUGAAAGAUGAAUUGGACAACAAGAACACAAUUGAAGAAUAUAUCUGUACAAAGUGUGGAAAAAGAUACAAUGCUCUGGAUGCAUUGCGGUUAGUAUCUUUUGAAGAUGACGACUUCCAUUGUGAAAGUUGUAAUGGAAAACUUGAGGUAGAAAGUGACAAGUUUGUUGUUCAAGAAGGGGCUGAUGGAGAUGAUAAUGCAAGAAGACGACGACAUGAAAAGUUAAAAGACAUGCUUCAAAAGAUGGAGAUACAGCUCAAGCCUUUAAUGGACCAACUCAGCAGGGUGAAAGAUUUGCCAGUUCCAGAAUUUGGUAGUCUCCUAGCAUGGGAAGCUCGAGCUAGUGCUAUGGGGCGUGCAGCCAACGGAGAUAUGGCUGGUGAUUCUAAAAUUUCUCAGCUUGGAUAUAAUGGAGCACCAAUGCCUUAUAGUGGGGAUACUAAGGUUGUGGUGGACUUCAAUGGGACUGAAGGCAAUAGACAUGAUGUUAAGUCUGAAACUGAAAGUUCAUCUCUAAAGGUUUUGCCACCAUGGAUGAUAAAAUCAGGGAUGGUUCUUACAAAAGAACAACGAGGAGAGGUGAAAGAGGAAAUAAAAAUGGAUGGGACUUCAACUUCCACAUCAGCACAGUACUCGGAUGACAAGAAAUCAACGGUUGAUCAUGAUGAUAAAAAAAAUAUACAGGAUGAGUAUAUCAAGGCUUAUUAUGCUGCCCUGCUUAAACAACAACAUGAAAUGGAAGCUUCUAGAAAACAAGACUUGUCAGAUACAUUUACUGAAAAUGAUCCUUCUAGCCAUGCUUCUAUUCGUCAAGUUGGCAUCAAAUCAAAACGUGAGGAAGAUGAUGAUGAUGAUGGUACAGACUGGGAGCAAGCUCCAGUUGCAGGUACUGGAAAUGAAAAUUACAAGGUCAAUGAUUUGAAUGUUCAAGCUGAUGUUGCUCCAGCAGAUGUCGAUGAAGACGAAGAUGUGGACUGGGAGGAAGGUUGAUGAGAACUUUCUCUUUGAACAGUAAGGUGCACAAAAUAUAAUUUUUGUUGGCGUGUAAUUUAUUCAACAACUGGCAGCAGUUAUAAACUGAUAUCAUAGCAAUAAUGCUAUUAUUCAGUUUUAUUUCCAGUGGCCUCAACAGUGGAAACUCCGAUACAUUAUUUUUUUUACUAUAAAUGAAUUUGGUGUUUCUGGGAAAGUAAAAUCUAAUGCUAUAUUGUGCUACCAUGUCUUUGUGAGGGAUAAGUGGUCCAAUUCAAAUACUUCACCAAUGCAGUAAUCGAUGUUAUACACAUUUAAAUAA